AUUGAACAGUUGGGGAAUGAACAAGGUGGGUUCUCGGUUUUGGCAUCAGAGAUUCCAUGGGAGCAUAGCAGCAUAUGGAGCACGUUUGCUCUUUACAUCUUCUCUCUUCAUAUUCCUCUCAGUUUUGGGGGUUUAUCCAUUGUUGCCAACAUACUCCAUCAGCAGGUUCUUCAUCCUCAGACCCAAGUGCUAUCACUUGUGGCUCUCCAAAUGGUAGAACUUGCAGGGACAGUGUUGCUGCUGAGGGCCACUGCGAGGCCUCAAUUCAAAUCAAUCAACUUUCUUAAGGGUAAUAAUGACUCGAGGCAAGGAAGAAACUGGGUGGUUGGCUCAGCCUUGGGUUUGGGAUGUCUUGUGGCUUUUAUCUUCGUCACGUCGCUUGUUUCUGAUCAACUCUUUGGUUCUAUGGCUGCGCACGAAUCAGAAUUGGAGAACAUAAUGGUGAGCGGGGAUGUAUCAACAAGGAGCGGGUGUUUUGCUCUCUACUGCGUUGUCGCUCCCAUCCUGGAGGAGACAGUGUACAGACGGUUUCUGUUAACCUCCUUAGCGUCGAGAAUGGAAUGGUGGAAGGCACUAGUGAUCAGCUCAGGAGUAUUUGCGGCAGCUCACUUGUCAGGUGAGGAUUUUGUGCAGCUGUUUGGUAUAGGGUGCGUCCUCGGGACAUGUUACAGCUGGUCAGGGAACUUAGCAUCGUCAGUGCUCGUCCACUCCUUGUAUAAUGCAUUGACACUUGUCCCUUACGUUGUAGCCACCCACGUUUAGAUGACGUAACUGAGAAGGAAAAAAAAUAAAAAGGUUCCAACGCAAUCUUAUCUUUGUUAAGACGAAACAGCGUAUAAAUCGUGUCCGUGUGUGUGUGUUUGCAACAGCUGAUCUGUUCCUUAAGAAGCUUUAAAGAUAGAAUCUUUCUGCCUUUU